AUGUCCACAAAAAAUACCUUCAGCAUCAUCUUUUGUUUCUUCUCAUCAUUCAUAUUUCACACGAUAGCCUCACCCACUCCCACAGCCUCACCCACUCCCUCAGCCUCGCCCGAUGCCAAAGAAAUCCACGACCUCCUUCCUGAUUACGGUUUCCCAAAGGGCGUCCUUCCCAACAACGUCGCCUUAUACACCAUCUCCCCAUCUGGUUACUUCACCGUCCAUCUCGAUUCCCCAUGUUACGUUCACACCUCUGAUCGAUUCAUUUACUACAAUACCCUCAUCACCGGAACCCUCACUAACGGUUCCGUUUAUGGUGUGUCGGGGGUCCAGACCAAGAUACUUUUCAUUUGGCUCUCCGUCACCGGGAUGAAAGCUGAUUCACGUUCUGGCAUGCUUGAGUUUUUCAUCGGAGCUUUGUCGAAGGAAUUACCGGCGAACCUGUUUCAGAAUGUGCCGGCGUGUUCUUUUAUGGCGGGUAACGUAUCUCCCACGGCGUAUUUUGAGGAUAGUGCUACGUGA